AUGUGCAAGUUCUGCUGUCACGGCUGCCAGAAUCGAGGGAUCGUAGAUCUUGACUGUUCACACAUGCAGGCGUCAGGAUCGAGUAGGACCGAGCACGUUCUGGCACACUGGAACUGUUCAGAGCCACGAGCGAAUGGCCCGGUAGCGCGUAGACGACACUAUGUAGGCAAAGCCACCGUGGCCAGCAUAGCCUAUGUCCAACACUCCGUUACUCAGACCGCUGGUGGCUCCUUCGCGCUGCUCCGAGGAGGGGCAGCUACUACAUGCAAUGUACGGAACGGGAGCUGUAUAUCCUCUUCAUUUGGACGAGUUCUCGUCUUCAGUUCGAAAACUAGCAAGGGUGAUACGUUACCAGUCAUUGAGUGA